CUCCCUCCCCGCAGUCCCGCCCGGCCAGAGGGACAGUGUGAGGGCCUUCACAGCGGCUGGGCCAGACCCAGGUCCCGUGGCAGAGGCUCCUGCAGCCAGAGCUGUUCCACUCAGGGAGUUUCCAACGCUGCCCGCAGGGUCCAGGCCACUGCCCACACCGCGGAAAGCCUGGCACUGCCUGCACUUAGAGCUGCGGCGCUGCGGCAUGGCGCGCGGCUGCCUGCGGGGCGUCAAGUACCUCAUGUUCGCCUUCAACCUGCUCUUCUGGCUCGGAGGCUGCGGCGUCCUGGGCGUUGGCAUCUGGCUGGCCGCCACCCAGGGGAACUUCGCCACGCUGUCCUCUUCCUUCCCAUCCCUGUCGGCCGCCAACCUGCUCAUCAUCACCGGCACCUUCGUCAUGGCCAUCGGCUUCGUGGGCUGCGUGGGGGCCCUCAAGGAGAACAAGUGCCUGCUGCUCACUUUCUUCGUGCUGUUGCUGCUGGUGCUUCUUCUGGAGACCACCAUUGCUGUGCUCUUCUUUGCCUACACUGACAAGAUCGACAGGUAUGCCCAGCAGGACCUGAAGAAGGGUCUCCACCUGUAUGGCACCCAGGGCAACGUGGGCCUCACCAACGCUUGGAGCAUCAUCCAGACGGACUUCCGCUGCUGUGGUGUCUCCAACUACACGGACUGGUUUGAAGUGUACAACGCCACGAGGGUGCCCGACUCCUGCUGCCUGGAGUUCAGCGACCGCUGUGGGCUGCAUGCACCGGGCACCUGGUGGAAGGCGCCAUGCUACGAGACCGUGAAGGCCUGGCUCCAGGAGAACCUGCUGGCCGUGGGCAUCUUUGGACUGUGCACCGCCCUGGUACAGAUUUUGGGCCUGACCUUCGCCAUGACCAUGUACUGUCAGGUGGUGAAGGCGGACACCUACUGUGCGUAGUCCACAGCCACCCGCCCCUCUCUGCCGAAGGACACUGCCACCAAGGAAGUGACUGCCUCCGGCCCGCCGUGCCUGGGCUUGGAGACCCCAGAGUCCCGUCCCGGAUCCAGUGGUUUGGCCUCAGUGACCACAGGGGAGAAAGUGGCCGGCUGCUGCCCACGGCACCUGUCAUCCAGAGCCGGGUUCCUGCGGGGUGGGGCACAGGCAGCGAGCAGUCCCCAGCGCCCGGGGCGCCGCAAGGGGCCCGGCCUCCUGGAGGCCCUCACUGGCCAUGGUGCUCCAGUGGCCCCACCGUCCACAUUCCAGGUGCAUUUUAAUAAAGUGCGCAAGCAGC